CUCCCGGCAGGGGCGGGACUUCCGGCGGCGCGCGGGCCCAGAUCUAGGGCCUGGGCUCGCCCUUCGCACCCGCACGUGUCCGCCGCCGCGAUGCUCCCUCUGUUGCGCCGAGUGCCCCGCGCGCUGGGCUCAGCGGCCGCCGUGCUCCGCGCCGCGCCCGCCCCGCCGACUCGGCCGCUGCUGCAGCCCGCGCCCCGGCCAUGCGUGCGGCCCUUCGGGUCGCUCCGAGUGCGCGCCGGCCUCCUACGCUCCCGCGGGCCCUGCGGCUGUGGCUGCGGCGCGCUGCACACGCAGGGGGAUAAGGCUUUUGUGGAGUUCCUGAGUGAUGAGAUUAAGGAGGAAAGGAAGAUCCAGAAGCACAAGUCCCUCCCCAAGAUGUCGGGAGGUUGGGAGCUGGAAGUGAACGGGACGGAAGCCAAGCUCGUGCGGAGAGUUGCCGGGGAAAAGGUCACCGUCACCUUCAACACCAACAACAGCAUCCCACCCACGUUUGACGGUGAGGAGGAGCCGUCCCAGGGGCAGAAGGCGGAAGAACAGGAGCCUGAACUGACAUCCACACCCAAUUUCGUGGUGGAAGUCAUCAAGGACGGCGGCAAGAAGGCUCUGGUGCUGGACUGUCAUUAUCCGGAAGAUGAGGUUGGGCAAGAGGAGGAGGAGAGUGACAUCUUUUCCAUCAGGGAGGUGAGCUUUCAGGCCGUCGGUGAGUCAGAGUGGAAGGACACAAAUUACACACUCAACACCGACUCCUUAGACUGGGCCUUGUACGACCACCUGAUGGAUUUCUUGGCCGACCGAGGGGUGGACAACACGUUCGCGGACGAGCUGGUGGAGCUCAGCACGGCCCUGGAGCACCGGGAGUACAUCGCCUUCCUCGAGGACCUCCAGGGCUUUGUCAAGACCCAGUAGAGCAGGCGCCGGGCUUUGCCGGGGCGCAAGCCUGCGGGAGCCAGACGGACGGGGGCUCGGAGAUGGUUUCCUUCUUGCUAUCAUGGAGCGUGAUUCAGAUUUAAAUGACUUCCGUUGCAGUCUCAUUUACCCUUGUUUAUUGCGUGUCUACAACCCUCCUGCUCCGAGAUUGUCUAAUGUGAUGGACAAUAAAACCGGUCGGUUUC